AUCACCUCAGAAAAUUAAACAUUCCAAUUCCAAUUCCAAUUCGCGAAAUUCAACAAAACACACUGUUGAAGAAAUGGAUUUGAGGUUGAUGGGUUUCGAUCACCCGCUUUUCCACCAACUCCACAACAUCGUGGACUACGCCGGCGACGACAAGUCAUCCAACAGCAGCGCGCCUUCUCGGACGUUUAUGCUCGACGCCAAGGCAAUGGCAGCCACCCCGGCGGACGUGAAGGAGUACCCCAACUCCUACGUGUUCAUCAUAGACAUGCCGGGGAUGAAGUCCGGCGACAUCAAGGUGCAGAUCGACGACGACAACGUGUUGAGUAUUAGCGGGGAGCGGAAGCGUGAGGCGGAGGAGAAGGAGGGGGCCAAGUAUGUGAGGAUGGAGAGGAGGGUGGGGAAGUUAAUGAGGAAGUUUGUGCUGCCGGAAAAUGCGAAUAAGGAGAAGAUCACGGCGGUUUGCCAGGAUGGGGUGUUGACCGUGACGGUGGAGAAGCUUCCGCCGCCGCAACCGAAGAAGCCAAGGACCAUUGAGGUCAAAAUUGCUUGAGAUGAGCAUAUGCUGAUAUGCAUCUACUUAUGAGUGCUCUGUUUUCUUUGCGUGAUGAAUAAUUUUCUUUUCAAAUGUGAUGCAGUAGUAUGUAUGUCUAGUAAAAAAAAAAACAAGAUAUGUCUAUCAUCUUCAAUCCGGAAUAAGGUUUUAUCUACCUUACUCUUGAAAAAGAUCUUCCUGCAAGUUCAUUUUUAAUUUAUUAUCCUAUUACGAAUAGGAAAGUAGGAAAGAAUAUAUUGUAUUAAGAAUUGUAUUAUUAUUAUCACAAAUGUAGUACAAAUAGGGAGUGUUUUGAACGGAAAGUUACAAUUAAGGAUUUUGUUUUUAUUAA